GGGACCUGAAGGAGGCACUGCGGUUCCUGAAAGAGUCUUUGCGAAUGAAGCAGUCCUUGCAUGGUGAUGUUGACCACCCGGGAAUUGCAGUGACUCUGCAUGAAAUUGGCAACGUGACCGCUCAGACUGGGGACCUGAAGGAGGCACUGCGGUUCCUGAAAGAGUCUUUGCGAAUGGAGCAGUCCUUGCAUGGUGAUGUUGACCACCCGGGAAUUGCAGCGACUCUGCAUGAAAUUGGCAACGUGACCGCUCAGACUGGGGACCUCAAGGAGGCACUGCAGUUCCUGAAAGAGUCUUUGCGAAUGAAGCAGUCCUUGCAUGGUGAUGUUGACCACCCGGGAAUUGCAGCGACUCUGCAUGCAUUUGGCCACGUGACCGCUCUGACUGGGGACCUGAAGGAGGCACUGCGGUUCCUGAAAGAGGCUUUGCGAAUGAAGCAGUCCUUGCAUGGUGAUGUUGACCACCCGGGAAUUGCAGUGACUCUGCAUGAAAUUGGCAACGUGACCGCUCAGACUGGGGACCUGAAGGAGGCACUGCGGUUCCUGAAAGAGUCUUUGCGAAUGAAGCAGUCCUUGCAUGGUGAUGUUGACCACCCGGGAAUUGCAGUGACUCUGCAUGAAAUUGGCAACGUGACCGCUCAGACUGGGGACCUGAAGGAGGCACUGCGGUUCCUGAAAGAGUCUUUGCGAAUGCAGCAGUCCUUGCAUGCAGUCCUUGCAUGGUGAUGUUGACCACCCGGGAGUUGCAGUGACUCUGCAUGAAAUUGGCAACGUGACCGCUCAGACUGGGGACCUGAAGGAGCACUGCGGUUCCUGAAAGAGUCUUUGCGAAUGAAGCAGUCCUUGCAUGGUGAUGUUGACCACCCGGGAAUUGCAGUGACUCUGCAUGAAAUUGGCAACGUGACUGCUCAGACUGGGGACCUGAAGGAGGCAC